AUGCCAACACAUGGAGAUGCUUCCGUCAGUGCCAUUGAGGAGAGUGAUCAGGGAGAACUGAUUCUUAAGGUUGAAGAGAUUCAAACCCCUAUCACCAGGAUAGGGGCACAACUGCUAAAAAGUGGUCUAGUCCCAAAGGAGCUAGUCAAUGAUGAGAAUGAUAAAGGGUUGAGGAAUUUUAUACAACAAAUGCUGGAUCAAGGCGAGUUACAGAUAAAUCGUCGUGUUAAGAACAAGGGAGAGGAAGAGAUAGCCGUCGUGGUGGACAUCCUUUAUGAUGAGGUUAACGUGGACAUCCCUUUCGAUGAGGUUAAUGUGGCCAUCCCUUAUGAUGAGGUUAAUGUGGAAAUCCCCAUAAACUCAUUGGUGAUAGAGUUUCCAGCACCGUUCGCGUAUAAGGAUGAGAAGGCGGUACCAUGGAUAUAUCAGCCCAGAGCUUUUAAGCAAGGGCAGGAAGACCGACUUGUGGUAAUCAACGAACCAAACGUUACCUCAAUUGUGGGGCCAGCCGGAAUGACGGGCAGUGGCCGAGUGUUCGCGCCAAGGGCUGUUGAUGCUUCUACAAAAGCCAAAGGGAAAGAAGUUGCUACUCCUAUCCAAAUCCCUGUCCCUAGUCGAGAAAUGCAAGAAAUGCAUUUGUCUUCUAAAGUUGCGGUCACUCAAGUACACAGGAAUUCAUUAUUGAAAGUGUUAAGCGCAGCACAUAUCACGAAAGACAUAACAACAGAACAGUUUGACGAUGUGAUAGCUUGCGUAACCACUGGAAAUUUUUUGGGGUUUAAUGAUGAUGAGCUGCCAGUUGAGGGAAAGAACCAUAACAAGGCCCUACAUAUCUCCUUGAAAUGCAUAGACACUAUACUAUCAAGGAUAUUAGUAGACACAGGUUCCUCACUGAACGUCAUGCCAAAAACCACUUUGAUAAAGCUGCCGAUGGAAGGGAUGAAUAUGAAGCCCAGUACCCUAAUUGUAAAAGCAUUCGAUGGUUCAAGACGAGCAGUGAUAGGAGAGGUUGACCUACCAAUCAAAAUAGGCCCAACCUUUUUCAAUAUCACAUUCCAGGUUAUGGAGAUACAUCCCGGUUAUAGCUGCUUACUUGGGAGACCAUGGAUCCACUUUGCAGGUGCCGUCACCUCCACUUUACACCAAAAGCUAAAAUUCAUUACCAAUGACAAGAUGAUUGUGAUUGGAGGGGAGGAGGAUAUCUUGGUUAGCCACUUAACAUCUUUCCGAUAUAUCGAAGUGGAUGGCGAGAUAACCGAGACAUCAUUCCAGUCCUUGGAAGCGGUAAAUAUGAUGGCUGUCCAAAAGACAUUGGAGACUCCGAAGUCAGGACCGUCCAUGGCCUCGUGGCAAGGAGCUAAGGCUGUGAUGGAAAGUAAGAGUGCUCAAGAUUGGGGCAAAGUGGUGGAAGUGAACCAGAAGCGAGACAAGUUUGGGUUAGGGUAUGACCCAUCGUCAAUUGAAGCCGGUAACCAACACGAUAAAGAGCAGAUUCCUCCUGUAGAAGAAACGUUCACCAGCGCUGGCCACAUUUUUGGCAACCAGGUGGCAACGAUCAAUGUUGAAGAUCACGAGGGAGAGGUGUCUAGCUGGAUACGACAAGCCGCGCCUAAUGAAGAACUGACAAACUGGAAGGCUGUGGAAGCAAUCAAAGGAAGCGUACUAGCAGACCAUCUUGCCCACCAACCGUUAGAGGAUUACCAACCUUUGAAGUUUGACUUCCCAGAUGAGGACAUCAUGGUUGUCAAGGAUGAUGAAGACUCCGAGCAAACGGAGGAUCUUUAG